GCAUUAUUGACUUUUGGUCCUGCCGACUUUCCGUAACACGCAGUCAGUCCCACAUGUACAAACUGGUGCCAAAGUAAAAUCCCUCCCUUUGAAAGACUACAUUUUCCACCGGCGCGUAUCAAGUGCAACAUCAGUCAUGUCUGAACAAAUGUCCUCAGUUGAAGUGAAAGUGGCUCGACAAGUCGAGUACUACUUUGGGGAUCACAAUCUUCUCAGGGACAAGUUUCUGAAAGAACAACUUCAACUUGAUGAUGGCUGGGUCACAUUGGAGACAAUGCUCAAAUUUAACAGACUAAAAUCGCUCACCUCUGACGCCAACGUCAUCAUUUCCGCUCUCAAGAAAUCACCAAGUGGCCUUUUGGAAGUCAGCGAAGAUAAGACAAAAAUCAGGAGGUGUCCUGAAAAACCUUUACCUGAACUGAACGACGAGUACAAAGAUGCUAUCAAGCACAAAUCUGUCUACAUGAAAGGUUUUCCCUUGGGAACCUCCCUUGAUGAGAUCCAGGAGUGGUUGAAUGCCAAAGGCAACAUAGAAAACAUUCAAAUGAGGAGGGAUAUGGAGAGGCAGUUCAAGGGUUCGGUGUUUAUCUGUUUUGACACGGAAGAGUCAUCCAAGAAGUUCCUUGAACGUCCCGACAUCAAAUCAUUCAAAGACAAUGAGAUGCUUGUGUUAUCAAGGGAAGCCUAUCAUGCAAAGAAAGCAGAAGAGAGAAAACAACACAAAGCACAGACAAAAGCAAAAGUGAAACAGGAUAAAGAACAGCAACAGAAACACACGGAAGAGAAAACUAUGGAUCAGCUCUUGGAAGAGUACUCAGGUUCUUUGUUAAAUUUCUCUGGCGAGCUGCAAGAUGUUUCCAGAGAGGACUUUCAUGCCGUGUUCUCCGAGCAUAAACGAAUCAAGUGGGUCGAUUUUACAAGAGGGGCCAAAGAGGGCAACCUCCUCUUUGACGGAAAUGCAAAGGAAGCAUUUGAGAAGGCCAAAGAGGCGAAUGACGGCGAGCUUAAAGUGAAGAACAAUGUCAUUACUUGGAAGCUGCUUGAAGGGGAAGAGGAAAAGGAGGUCUUGAAGAAGAUCAUUAAAGCGCAACAAGAAUCACUCAGCCGGAAUAAAGACAGAGGCAGGGGAAAAUCCGGCGGUAGAGGAAGAGGAGGUCGCAAAGGGAGAGGGGGAAGAGAUCAAAACAGAACUCAAUACCAGGGCAAGAAGACGAAAUUUGAAAGUGAUGACGAGGAGGAGGCGGCCCCUGCAGCCCCAAAGAGAGAACUCGAGGAAGCCGAUGGUCCCGCGGCUAAGGUGGCCAAAACUGAAAACGGAUCCUAAUGAGGCCACGCGCUGAUCAUUUCUUUUGGACAAAACAUUUAUUAUAUACAGAGGCAAACAAGUCCAUUCCAGUCAAAAGCAUCAAGCUUUGGAGAAGCGAAGGAAGUCCACCUGAAUGUCAACCUGGAGAGCAAACCUUGGUGUCAGUAAUCUGCUUUGGAAGUCCUUUAUUGUUUCUCUUCAGACGAUUUGAUUUUUAUUAUGUAUAAACUUCUGCUCUCUGAGACUCGGACUGUAAUUUAAUUUCAACUGAACAUUUUAGUUGGUUUUCUAAGACUCCUCGUGUGACAAAAAACUUCCCUUCAUUAGUAAAAAAAAAAAAAGCUUUGCUAUUUUUACGUUUUCAUUGUGAAUCGCAAAUAAACCAUGCUUAACAAUUGAA